GUGGAUGACAACAUAGCAUAUGCACACAUUAUGAUGACAAUAGCCAAAAAAGAGAACCCUACCUGCUUCACCUCAUUAAUUUCAGUAGUUAAUUUACAAGUUAGCUAUGUAUUUAUCAAACUUGUGCUGGUGAAACUUUUAUUGCAUAUGUACUGUUUGUUUAAAUUCCACUUUCCGUCCAAUUUCCACACCGACAGCCUAAUAUAAAUAAAUUUAGCAACAUCACUCACAUUUUCAUAUGUUAUAUAAAAAAACAUAACCUUUAUUAUUAAUUAAUUCAUUCAUUCCCAUCACUGCAAAUAUGGUACAACAAACAAAGAAGUUCAGAGGAGUCAGGCAACGCCAGUGGGGCUCUUGGGUGUCAGAGAUUCGCCACCCUUUGUUAAAGAGAAGGGUUUGGUUAGGGACAUUUGAGACAGCAGAGGCGGCGGCAAGAGCGUAUGAUCAAGCAGCAAUUUUGAUGAAUGGUCAGAGUGCGAAGACUAAUUUCCCGAAGAAUCAAGGUGAAGAUGCUAUUGACACUACUUGUGGCGGUGGCAGCGGUGAUGGUGGUGGUGGAAGUAAUAAUGACUCUUUCUUGUCUCCCAAGGCACUCUCUGAGCUACUCAGCACAAAGCUUAGAAAGUAUUGCAAAGACCCUUCUCCAUCACUCACUUGUCUGAGGCUGGAUACUGAUAAUUCGCACAUUGGAGUGUGGCAAAAGAGAGCUGGAUCGCAUUCGGAAUCUAAUUGGGUCAUGAGGGUUGAGCUUGGCGGGAAGAAGAAAACCGCAGAGUCAGAGAUAGGAUCUUCGCAAUACAUUAUGGAUGGUGAUAAUGGUAAUGCUGAUAUCGGAAAUAGGGUGGUAGUAGAAGAAGAGGAAAGAGUUGCUUUGCAGAUGAUUGAAGAGUUACUUAAUUGGAACUAUCCCUGUGGUUCAACUUCAAGCGAUUAACUCUCGGCAACGAAGAAAAUAGGAACAUUCCAUGUCUUGUCAUGGUUCUUAAAAAAUUUAGCAACUCCAUGCAAUGCCAUGAUUCUCAGCUAUCUUUUUCAUGUACUUUUGUGUUUUCUGUAAAAUAUUAUAUAUAUUGUUAAAGUGCUGAUAAAUAGAUAAUAAGCACUUUGAUAGUUACUUAAAAUAGUAUAUAAUAUAUUGUGGUUGGGAAACAUGAGAAUUUGUAUCGAAUUCGGAAGAAGGAUGUGUUGGAAUUAUUGAAAAGUUAUAUAAAAAGCAAACUAAU